AUGGCGCACAUCGAGCACGGAGGGGACGAAGGCUUCAUAGCACAAACAGAAGGCCAGUUGGACGAACCCAGCUAUGAGUUUACAGCAGAAGCAGAAGCUCUGCACGCUCGACAGAGACGCAGAAUUGCACAACUGGAAGAGCAGCUGGAGGCUCUCAAGGCGGGGCGUGCUUCCAAAGAAAGGCAAACAAAUUAUUAUAUAGCUGAAGGGCGAGCUAUUAGGCGUGUUAUUUCUCUGUUUGACAAUGUUGAGGACCUCGUCACCGAAAAUGACCGAAGAUACGACUUAAGUGAUGACGAUGAAAAUAAUGUUGAUCAAGAUCGACUGCAGGUGGGGUACAUCACCCUCACCCAUACAUUGCCAUGGUUUCAUAAGAAAGCCGUGGAGAUGGAGUAUGGCAACGAUUGCUCGAAACUCAAGACACUUAUUGCUGAAUGGGUAAAUCGCGAAUUUAAGCCGGAUCACCCUGUCGACCCCGACGACAAACAUUCCCAUGGUUUUAGCAAUGACGCAUGUGGCAGACUGCUCUGCCCGGCUGAAUUCGAUUGGAACAACCCAGUCAUAAAGGCAGGUAUUCGAGAUCGCUCAGAAGGCUAUGUCGUGACGGAUCUGUCCUUUCCGGCAUUCCUGUAUGACAAAUACCAGAGCAAUCCAGAUGAUCUAGAGGAGGGGCUUUUCAAAGGCAAAAUUCUUCUUCAGGGUUACAAAGCCGUAUUCACGUCGCCAUCAUCAGCCAAGGACAUCGAGGGUGAUGGUGAUGGGGCGGAUGUCAUCCGAAACAACAGGCUCACGAAGAAAUCCUUUGCUGGCAUCAAAGUUACUCCUUGUUCUAUCGCCUACAUUGCGUGCCAAGUUCGAAUCGGCCUUUCGUCUGUCACCUCAUGGUGGUCCAUUGACGGGGAUUUUGACUACAUACAAUUUUGGUGCACCAUCAUUGAUUUUUUCGAAAAGCCGCCUGGUCAAGACGUGCACCGCAGGGUUGAAAAACUCCUCGAGUGGUGGACUAGGAAGGUAUUUGGAAGGAAUCACCGCGAUGAUAUUAGCAGUGCGGCAAAGGCCAAUAUGUCCAUCAAUACUCUCGCAAGGCAGAGGGCACAACGUGACGAUGCCGCAUUUGAUUCACCCUAA